GGACACAUGCCUUUAAUUUAUUACUACAUACUGCUAAUUCUACAUUCACAAUUUUUUGGAACUGAUUAAUGUUAUUUAAUUUAAUUUGAAUUUUUUACAUUGAAAUUGAUUUAACUUUUUUUUUUCUUAAGGCAUGAUUAAAAAUAUACAUGUAUUAAAUUUUUUUAGUUCAGCCUUUAAUAGUAUCAAACGAAAUAAUUUAACUACAAUGAACAAAACAACACCACCUUCCUAUGAAGCUACUGUUAAAGUUCUUAAUUCUCUCCAAAGCUUCACUGGAAAAUUAUCUAAGCAUCCAGGAAAAUCCAAAUUACAGUUUAUGAAAUCAAUGCUUUAUAGAUGCAGUGUUAGCAGUCAAGAAUUAGACCAACUUUCAGUUAUUCAUGUAGCUGGCACUAAAGGCAAAGGUUCAACGUGUGUAUUAUGUGAACAGUUAUUACUAAAAAAAGGUUAUCGCACGGGUUUACUUACCUCUCCACAUUUGAUCACUGUUACUGAGAGAUUCAGGAUUGAUGGCAAAUAUAUUUCUGAAGAUAUGUUUGUGUUAUACUUUUGGAAUAUCUACAAUAGUAUAAUACAAAAAUUCAAACAAAACAAUGCAGAAGAAAAACCUUCUUAUUCUAUGUUUCUUACUAUCAUGGCAAUAAAAAUAUUUUUGAAUGAAAAAGUUGAUGUUGCAAUUAUUGAAACUGGUGUUGGUGGAGAAUAUGACUAUACUAAUAUUCUAAGAAAAGUACCGGUUGUAGGAAUUUCUUCUCUUGGUUUUGAUCACACCAAUGUUUUAGGCAACACAUUAUCAGAUAUUGCAUGGCAAAAAUGUGGUAUAAUGAAACCCCAUUCUGUAACAAUAAUUGCUAAUAAUCAACCUUAUGAGACCUACAAAACAAUUAUUAAUCGCAGCAUUGAAAAACAGACAAUAUUGUUUGAAUCACCACCAUUUAACACUUAUGAAUGUUAUAAAAAUAUUAAACAAUUUGGGAAAUACAGUCCUAUUCAAGAAAUAAAUGCUUCAUUAGCUAUUCAACUUGUUAAUUUUUGGAUCAAUCGACAUAAAUUUAAUGAGUUAACAAAUAAGUGCAAAAUUGGAUCACAAGGAAUUAAACAAGCACCUGUGUGGAAAUUAACUUCUAAUGACUUACAUGUAUUUGAAAACUUCAAAUGGCCUGGUAGAAAUCAAGUUUUAUGUAAAGCACCUAAUUUGACCUAUUAUUUGGAUGGUGCUCAUACAGUUGAAAGUAUUGAAUUAUGUAAAAAGUGGUUUACUCAACUUAUUGAUCCAUCUAGCAAGAAAACAAAAAAUAUAUUAAUAUUUAAUGUUACUGGAAAAAGAGAUUAUGAAACAUUUUUAAAGAUUUUGUUGAGUGAAAAUAGAAUAGAUUUAGUCAUUCUAUGUCCUAUUGUUACCUACUUAAAUGAAAAUCGUCCAGAUACAAUUGAUGUGAAUUGUGAUUAUAAAGAAGAGUUAGAAAGAUGUCAACAAAUAAAAGGUACUGUUAAAUGUUGCAAUGUUGAAGUGUUAGGUUCAAUUCAACAGACAAUUAAUUUUGUUUCUCAACUAUCCUCCUCCAAUAAUGAUUUACAGUUUCAAAUACUAGUUACUGGAUCGUUGAAAUUAGUUGGGGGUGUAUUAGAUGUACUCAAGUAAUAUUACAUUCCAAAUAUAAUAUAUUACCAUUAUUUUUACAUUUAAUCAGAAUGUGUUUAUUCAGAAAAUAAAACAUAUUUUAAAUAAUAUUGAUGAAAUUUUAA